UAUCAAAUGCAGAUGGCACAAUUUAUUUGCAGUUUAUCUUUCCCAAUGAUUUAAACUAGUGUUCAUUGAUCUAAAAAUACAUUUGAAUGAUUACAUGCAAACUAAGUGAAAUGUCUUAAAAAGUCUUCAAAUAAUAUGGAUGGUGAUUAUUUAAAUGGUGAAACAGUUUAUCUUUGUCCUGACGAAAGAUCUGAUCCAGACACCGAAAAUACUCAAGAUGAAUCCCAGCGGAAACUCAGCGAUCUUGUAGCACCUCCUGACAAGUACUUCAUCGCUCAUUUGUUAUUUUUCUUCACUGGCUUGGCUGGAAUGUUACCUAUUUCCUUUUUCAUUGUAGCAAAUGACUAUUGGAUGUACAAAUUGAGAGAUAUAAACUCUGAUGAAGUAGAUCUAAAAAACAAGACAGACCUCCAAAGAAUGUUCGUUUCAGUGAGUUCAAUAAGUCAGGGGUUUCCCCAGCUAAUAGCAUCAAUUUUAUCAGCAAAAUUUGCGUAUAGGAUAGGCAUUAAGACAAGGUAUCUCAUCACCUUGGGAUCCAUCAGUGCCCUCUUUGGGAUUUUUACAGCGUUGGUUAAAGUCAAUACAGAUUCGUGGCAAAAACUAUUUUUUGGAACAUCAAUCACCGUCAUUGCCAUUAUCACUAUCUUUCAUCCGUUGUACAGCGUCACCAAUAUGGCCUUUAUGUCGAGAUUUCCAACCAAAUAUAUAAAAGUUAGCAUGUACGGCAGCUCCAUAUCUGCCAUGUUCAGCGCAGUCCUUCAAAUUAUAUGCUUGAGCCUGACUCCCAGUCCGACGACUGUGGCACUUAUAUAUUUCAUCUGCGGCACAAUCAUAAUGCUGUUUACAUGUUUCCUUUGCUAUGUUAUGCAAUAUUCUCCAGUGAUCAAUUUUUAUUGGAAAGACGAACCAACAGACAAAACCAAUACUUCAAGUCAUACUUUGAAAGAAUUCUAUGAAGCUGCCUACAGAAUUUGGCCCAUGUUAUUAGCUCUUGUCAUAACAACAGGUACUACGGGAAUAGGGCAUGCCAAUAUUACGAAUCUAGUGGUGUCUGAGGGGUAUACCAAGGAUACAAAAAAUCUGUGGUACAGCAAAUAUUUUGUCCCCACAGUAACAUACUUAGGCUCAGAUGUUUUUAAUCUAGCAGGAAGAUUCUUCGGACGAGCAAUAGAAACUAAAAGAUCUGCUCUUUGGGUAGUGUUGGCCGCAGCCCUUAGAAGCUUUGUCAUGGGUCCUUUGUUCCUAUUCUGUAAUGCACAACCACGACAUCAUCUUCCAGUGUGGUUUCCGCAUGACUAUCAGUACAUGAUCAUACUGUAUAUUUACAUAUUUGUGGCGUCAGUUUUGGCAGUAACGCAAAUGUUGAGUUUACCAAAAUUGGCAGGCGACAAAAAAGAGUUGGCUUUUAUCACGUCGCAAGUGGUUGGUACCACAACAGGAACAUUAGCUGCAUUUUUAAAUCCAGUUUUUGUUAAUUUAUUGUAAAUAUGUUGUAUAGGUAUAGCGUUAGUAAUAAAAGAUGAAAAAUA